AUGGGUAAUACGAACAGAAAAGAUAUAAGUCACAAAGAGUAUGAUAAAAGUUUUAUAAAUAUCGAGUCUGCUGAAGAAAAUAAAAAUAUAAAAAAUAAAAAAUUUAUUAAUAUCGAUAAUAGUAAUAGUAAUAGUAAUAAUAGUAAUAAUAGUGAUAAUAAUAAUAAUAGUAAUAAUAAUAAUAACAAUAUUGUUAGAAAUAAUAAUAAUUUUAUAAAUCGUGAUAAAAAAAAGAAUGUCAUAUUAAAUGAGGAUGAUGAUAUAAAAAAUAAAGAAUUAGUAGAUGAAAGCUUUGUGAAUAUAUUUUUUUAUGAAAAUUAUUUUAAAAAUCUUUUUAAUUUAAAUGACGUGAGUAAUAAUAAAGUUUUAAAUAUUAUUGAACAAAAGGAUGGAGAUGAAAGGAAUGCAGAUAAUAAUUUAAAAAAUAAAAAUAUUGUAAGAGAUAAUAUAAAUAAAAUAAAGAAUACAAGAAAUGUGAAUGAAAUAUUAAUAUAUAAUAAUAAAUAUAUCAUUAAUUUUUUAAAUGAUACUACAAAAUGUAAAAUAGAAAUUGCUAAUUUUAUUUCUUUCUAUUUUUUCUUUCUACAUCUGAAAGAUAUAUUAAAUAAAAAUAAUGAUAAUGAAUUAAUUAAUAAAAAAAAAUCAUCCCUUAAGGAUAUAUCUAAUGUAAAAUAUAUAUAUAAAAAAAUUAAGACAUCCAAAAAAUAUAUUUCAUCUAAUGAUAUGCAUACUUGUAUAAGGAAUUAUUUAUAUCACAUUGAUAAGAAAAAUUAUCCUAUUAUUAAAAAAACAAAAUGUCCUUUCUUAAACACCACAAACGUUUUAUAUAAUAAAAGAGGAUAUAUGGCUUCAUGUCCCCUGGGUGUCAAGGGAAAAAUAAAACAUAAAGCAAAUAUAUCUUCUAACAUUAAAUUAAAGAGAGAAAGAAAUGAUAGUAAUAUGUUUAAUAAUAUGAUAAGUAAAGAUACUAAUAUGAAUGUUAAACAAGAGCUAAUAAUACAUAAUAAUGAUUCUGUUAAUAAUAACAUAACUAAGGUCGAUGGGUGCUCGGUGCCUACUCAUGAUAAUAGCUUUUUAAAUAUGGAGGCAGAAGAAUUUAAAAUGUUAAAAAAUUAUUUGAGAGAUGUCAAGGAGAGAAAAAAAAGAAAGAAGAAAGGAUAUAAUAGCACAAGUAACUUUAUAUCACACGGUGUUAGAUUAGGGACGACACGAUCGAGAAUUAGAGGGAAAUGUUUGUUAAAGAAUAAGAAGAUGCAUAUGUAUGAUGAUAUUGCUGAUGAGAUAAAAGAGAUGAAAAAGGAAAAAAUGAAAAAAGUACAAAAAGAUGAUAAUGAAGAAUUGAUUAAAAAAAAAAAAAAAAAAAUUAAUAAGGAUGAUGGUACAGAAAAUGGCAUCAUGGAAGAUGUGAAUGAUAAGAGAAAACUUGAUUGUGAUUAUAAGAAUAAAUUUAAUGAUGUUGAAAAAAAGGAUCUUAAUAUUUGUGCUACUGAAAAUGUUGAUGAUGAUGAUGAUGAUAAUAAUAAUAAUAAUAAUAAUAAUAAUAAUAAUGGUUAUAAAAAAAAAAUAAAAAAUAAAAACAAAAACAAACAUAAUAACAAACAUAAUAACAAACAUAAUAACAAUAAUAAUGAUAAUUUUGUAUCUGUUAAUGGUUCUUAUGAUAAUUCUUCCAUUGUUAAUAAUGUGAUUAAUGAUGAGAUAAGAGGAAAAAAAAAUAAUAAAAAAGAAGUGGAAAUCAUGGUAGAUAAGAAUAAUGAUACGGAAAAUGAUGGUAACAAAAAGUAUGAUACAUCGUACUCUUUUAAUAUAAAGAAUACUUUGUCUAAGGUGUUUUAUAAGAAUUAUGUAAAGAGAAAGGGAAUGAUAAAACAACAUAAUAAUAACAUACAUAAUAAUAUACAUAAUGAGAAGGUGUUGUUAGAUGACGCGAAAGAGAAAGCGGAUCCUAUGAAUUUAGGUAUAUCCUUUUCACCUGCUGGUUUAUUAAUACCUUAUCAUUUAGGUGUAAGUAGUUUAUUAAUAGAAAAGAAUAUAUUAAAUAUGCAUACUAGUAUUGCUGGUUCGUCAGCUGGUAGUAUUUGUGCAUGUUGUUUGAGUGUAGGGUUAAGUGUAAAUAAGUGUUACUUUUUAAUAGAGAAUAUUAUUAGUAAUGUGUAUAAGCAUGGAUGUUAUCAGAAGCUUGAAAAUAUAUUAAAUAUAGAAUUAAAUAAAUAUUUAUAUGAGGAUAGUUAUAUAUAUUUAAAUAAUCGUAUAGGAAAUGUGUUUGUAGGUAUAACACAAAUAUUACCUUAUUACAAAAAAUUAAAUAUAAAUAAUUUUUAUGAUGAUAAUGAUUUAAUUAGUGCAAUUAUUGCAUCUUGUAAUAUACCUAUGUAUUUAUCUAGUAAUAUAUUUGUAAACUUUCGAAAUAAAAAAUGCAUAGAUGGUUUUUUUAGUACCAAGAAAAAAGAUUUUGGGUGUCCAAAUACUAGAACAGAACGUAUUAUUAAGGUAUCUCCGUUUGAUUCUGAUUAUGUAGGUAUAGGUAAUAAAAAUAAUAGUGUCAUUAGUCCUCACCUAAUAAAAUAUAAUCAUAUACUUUUUCUUUUUAUUUGUGUCAAGAAUAUAUUUCAUAAGUAUAUAAACAACUUGUGGAUAGAGAAGGAUUAUUUAUUUUUGAUUGAAAACUUGAAGGAUAUUCUGGAGAGGAAAAUAUUUGAUUACUAUACAUUUGUUAAGAGAUACUUUACUUUUUUAAGAAAAAAUGAGACGAUAGAUGAUAAGUAUGAAGAGGAGGAAUAUGAAGAUGAAGAUGAAGGAGAAGGAGAAGAAUAUGAAGAAGAGGAUGACGAUGAGGAAGAGGAAGAGUAUGACGAUAAUAAUGAUAACCAGGAUGACGGAGAUAAAAACAAAACUACUAACGAAAAGAAUAAAAAAAAAAAAAAUAAAAAUAAUAAUAAUAAUAAUAAUAAUAAUAAUCUUUUUAAUAAUAAUACGAAUAGUUGUGUGGGUGUAAGCGAAAAAGAUUUUAUAAGUACAUCAAUUGUUGCUAGUUUUGCCAAUAUGAAAAGACAAAUGAAUGAGAAAAUAGAAAAACGGAAAAAUGAAAAGAAAGAAAAGAAAGAGAAAUUACAAAGGAGAAAUAUGAAUAAAUUUUCUAAAAAUAGAAAUAAGAAUAGAUAUAUAAAUAAAGAUAGUAAUAUUCAUUUAAUGAAUUUAAUAAGAAUAAAAUUUAAGAAUUUAAAUUAUAUGAAUAUGAAUUCUUUUGAAAUUGAAUUAUAUUUAAAAAUAAAUAAUGAUAUAUUUUUACAGUUUAAUAAACAUAAUUAUAAUGUACAAAAUUUUUAUAAUUUUUCUAUAACGUUAAUAAAUAUUAUGAGCAAAUAUUAUUCCGAAAAUUUUUAUGCACAUAAUUUAGAAAAAAUAGUGUAUAAUUUUUUAUUAAAUAAUAAAAAUUUUGAAGAUAUAGAAAAGCAAUAUUCUUCAAAAGAAGAUAUGAAUGAAUUGGAUAUCUUAGUUAAUACUUAUGAUAUGAAAUAUGAUAAAAUUAUAGAGUUUUUAAAAAAUAAUGCAUAUUUGAAAAUCGAUAGAUAUAUAUAUUUUUAUCCUAAACUAAAAACAGAUAUUAUAUUAUUUUUCUUUAAAGAAAUUUUUUUGAAUGAUAAUAUAUUAAAAAUUGAUAGAAAAUUUUUAAAAAAAAAUAUAACGAUAAUGAUUGAAGUAUUAAAAGAAAUAUUUUUUAAAGAAUAUGUUAAAAGGUGUAUAACAAAGGUGAUUUUUUUCCCUGUACAUAUGAAAGAACAUGAUAAUAUAAUGAAUAAAAAUUAUUAUAAUAACAAAUAUGUAAAUAAUAGUAAUAUGUUUAACACACGUGGUGAUCAUUAUAAUAACAAUCAAACUAAUGAUAAUCAUUAUAAUCAUCAUUAUGAUAAUUCCCAUAAUAAUAAUAAUAAUAAUAAUAAUAAUAGUAAAUAUUAUAAGAAUAAGAAUAAAAAUAAAAUAAUGUAUGAAAAGGAAAGAAAAUCGUCAUCUUUAUUCAUAUCGAAUAAUGUUCAAGAUGUAAAACCUAUAAAACAUUAUUUAAAAUAUAGUAGUAUAUAUAAAAAUUUUAUUUAUAUUAUAAGUGAAAUAAAAAAUUUUAAUAAUAAGAUAACCAAAAUUAAUAGAUAUAAUUAUUAUAACUAUAUGAAUUUAAAUAUUGAUGAUUUGAAUGAUGCUUAUUUGUUUUUGUAUGUUUAUUUAUAUUCGAAUGUAUAUUACAAGAGUUUCUUUUCACUGAUGAAUAUGCAAUAUAGGGAUUACCUCCUGAGGGCCCGGAGAUUAUCUCGAGAGGAAAAUAAGAUAUCCUCAAAGGAUGAUUCUACAGGGAAAAAUACUACUACUAAUAAUAAUAUUAAAAAAAAUAAUAAUAAUAAUAUUAACAAUAAUAAUGAUAAUAUUAACAAUAAUAAUGAUAAUAUUAACAAUAAUAAUGAUAAUAUUAACAAUAAUAAUGAUAGUAAUAAUAUUUGUAGUAGAGACAACAAAGGUAAUCUUACAAAUUAUGGUAAUAUAUCUACAAAAGAAAAAAAUAGAAACAUUUUUAGAAAAUGGAAUUCAAAGGAUUUGAAAACUACCUCUAACAAUUAUAUUGCAACAAAUAAGCUAGCCAAAACAUUUUCUGGAAUUUGGCUAGAUAAAAAAAAAAAAAAAAAAAAUGACAAAACCAUAGAAAGAAAUGAAAAUGUUGAAAAUAAAAUAGAAGAAAAUUUUAUAGAAAAUAAUUAUACAAUAGAUAAUGAUAAAAGAGAACUUAAUAUGUAUAAUAAAAUUAAGAAUGAAAAGACAGAAAAGGAAAAUAAUAAUAAAGAUAUGGAAUGCCUUCAAAAUGAUAAUGAUAAGAAUGUUAAUAAUAAUUUUAAGUUUAUAGAAAAUAAUGGAACAAAUGAAAUAAAAAAGGAAUUAUAUAGAAACGAUAUGUAUAAUGAUGGAAUUAUAAAUUUUGAUAUUAACAAUGAAUAUUUUUUCCGUAAUUUAAAUAAUAUGAAUGAGUGUCAAUUUUUUAAAUACACAUUAUUGGAUAAGAACGAUAAUGUGUUUGAUCAUAUAAAUAAUAAGGAUAAUAUAGAUUAUAAUAAAUAUUUUUAUAAAUUCGAGAACUUGAUUAUUUUUAAUUAUGAUUUUACAUUGAUUUCAAAAAUUGAGGACUUUUAUCAAUCGAAUAGAUAUAAAAUAUUUGAUAUAAAUAAGAAAAAGAAAAAGGAAAUAUUUUAUCAUUUAUAUUAUAUAUAUAUAUAUUAUAGGGAUAUUUUAUUUUUAUUGAAGUUUGUUUUUACAUUAAAUUUUUGUGAGAACACAAAAUAUAAAUUUUUAAAAAGAAGAAAAAAUACAUAUAAAAAGAAAUAUAAGGAUAUGAAGGUUCCCUAUAUUAAUUUACAUAUCGAACAAGGAGGAGAUAUAAAGGGAAACCAUGAAAAUAUACAAUAUAGGAAGAAUAAUGAUGUUGAUAUUGUGUAUAAUAAUAGGGUUGAAGAUAUAAGAGAAAAUAUGAAGGAACCUAUUAAAAAUGGAUAUGCUGAUACAUAUGGGAAUAUAUAUAGACAUACCCACAAUAAUUAUAAUUAUCAUAAUAAUAAUAAUAAUGAUAUGACUUUGUAUAGUAGAAGUAUGUUACAAAAGAGCAAAGAAAUUAAUUUGUUAAACAAUCCUAUGUUUUCUUCAAAUAUUGAUGAGACGUUUAUGGAUAGUGCAUCUGAUGUGAAUGAUUAUGAUAUAGAUAAUAAUAAAAGAAUGCAACCACAUUUUUAUGACUUAUGUGAACAUAUAAAGAAACCAACGAAUAAUGGAGUUAAUAAUAUUUAUAGUAAUAAGAAUCUUUAUGGUGAUGAGAACUUGAAUUAUCCUACUUCAAGCACCGGAAAAGGGACACCUAGAAGAUUAUUUGAAGGAUCAAAUAAUGAUGGAAAUAAUUCUGUUAUUUUAUCUAAAUCUGAAUAUGUAAGAAAGAAAAGAUUAAGAUAUUUAGAAGGUAAUGAUAGUGAUUUUGUUGAGGACUUAAAAACAAAUAUUGAAGAUAAGUUGUAUGAUAAAUAUAAAACAUAUUUUGUUAAGAAUGUAUAUUCUAUGAGGAAACUAUUUAAAAUAGCUUUAGAAGGUUCUGAAGAAAAAGUUAUAAAAAAAAUUUAUGAUUUAGGUAGGAGCGAUGCUCAUUUAUGGUUAUUCGUAGAAUAUUUAAACGUUGGAAUAUAUUUAUACAAAAGAAUUUAUACAAUAUAUAUUAAAUUACUUACAGUUUUUGAAUCUUUAAUAUAUUUAACAAAUAUAAAUAAGAAAAAAAAAAAAGUGGACAUAUCAACUUUUCUCGCAUCGAUUGAAUAUGCUGUAAUAUAUGUUAAUGGUAAUCCAUUUGAUUUAUUUAAGUUUUGUAAUUUGCUUGUUUUAUGUUAUACAUAUUAUAGUAUGCCUUAUGUGAAAUCUCAAACAUGUGUACUCAAUAAUAAUGAUGAUAAUAAAUUAGGUACAAUGGUUGAUAAGAAUAUCAUGAAUAAAGAGUCCGUGCAUGCAAAUGGUAUUUCAAAGGAGUUAAUUAAAAAUGAGAAAACAAAUGAAAAAUUAAGAAAAAAGGAUGAACAAAAAAAAAUGAAAAAAAUCAAGAAGAAUAGCACUUCAAGUAUUGAUAUGGAUAUUAAUAAUUAUGAAAAGGGUAAUAUAGAUGUAAGACAAAACAUUGAUUAUAAUAAUAAGAAAGAAGACAAUGUAAAUAGCGAUCAUAUAAUAAAAAGAAAGAAUCGUAUUAGAAAAAUAAAUAAACAAAGAAAUAAUAAAGAGAAAUUAAAAAGAAGCAUAAGUUUGCCAUUAAAUUUAAAAAGAACUGUUGUAAAAAUUAUUAAUUUAAAAAAUAAAAUAAAUUUAAAUAAAAAUAUCAUAGAUGCUAUUAAUAAUGAUAUAUUAAAAGGAACCCCAUACGAACACAUAUAUACACAUUCUAAUUUUUGGAUAUAUUCUUCAUCAGAUGAGAGUGAUACAUAUAAUUGUUCAAACGAUUAUUAUUUAAAUAAUGUAGAUCAUGGUAGUAAAGAAUUUGAUAAUAUUUUUGAUCAAAUGUCAGAUGAACUGGAUAAUUUUUCGCGCAUUUCUAAUUUUUUUAAAACUUUUAAAAAUCUGGAUAACAGCUUGAGUUUAUCUGGUUAUUUUGGUUUUUAG